GAGGUUAGCACAGGAUCCUUUUUUUUUUAUGCCUGGUUUUGCUGACUACAGAGUCACUUAGUCAACUAUAAUAGAAUAAAAGUCCUCUCCUAAAGUUAGAUUAGUUUUAUGCUACUCUAUGGCAAGGAAAAGCAAGUCAAAUCUCUCAGAAUUGUAUCUAGAAGAAAAUAAAGAUCAGAUAUAUGAAAAUGCCCUUGCUGAGAUCCAGUCCUUUGAGCUGCUUCUUGGAACCACCCUAAGGUCUGUAUAUGAUGACCAACCAAAUGCACAUCAGAAGUUUAUGGAAAAACUUGAUGCCUGCAUACGUAACCAUGACAGGGAGAUAGAAAAGAUGUGCAAUUUUCACCACCAGGGCUUUGUGGAUGCUAUUACAGAACUUCUUAAAGUUAGGGCUGAUGCAGAAAAACUAAAGGUCCAAGUUACUGAUACCAACCGAAGGCUUCAGGAUGCUGGGAAAGAGGUGAUAGCCCAAACAGAGGAAAUCAUCCGAUGUAGAGUUCAACAGCGGAAUAUUACAACAGUUGUGGAAAAACUACAGUUGUGUCUUCCAGUGCUGGAAAUGUACAGCAAACUAAAAGAACAGAUGAGUGUAAAAAGAUACUAUUCUGCUUUGAAAACAAUGGAGCAGCUAGAAAAUCUCUAUCUUCCUAGAGUUAGCCAAUACCGCUUUUGCCAGAUAAUGAUAGAAAAUCUUCCAAAACUACGUGAAGAAAUAAAAGAAAUAUCCAUGUCAGAUCUGAAGGAUUUCUUAGAGAGUAUUCGAAAGCAUUCUGACAGAAUUGGGGAAACUGCCAUGAAACAGGCACAGCAGCAGAAAACCUUUAGUACUGCUCUUCAGAAGCAGAAUAAUGUAAACUAUGGUCGGAAUAUGCAUUUAGGUAGAAACAGGAUUUUGGAAUCCAAGAAUGAGAUCACAUUGAAGCGAACAUUUGAAGAUGAGGAUGAACAUGAAGAAGAGGUUUUAACAGCCCAAGAUCUUGUAGACUUUUCUCCAGUCUAUAGGUGUUUGCACAUCUACUCAGUUUUGGGUGAUGGAGAAAUAUUUGAAAAUUACUACAGAAAACAAAGGAGGAAACAAGCAAGAUUAGUUCUGCAACCACAGUCAAGCAUGCAUGAAACAGUAGAAGGCUAUAGAAGAUACUUCAGUCAAAUUGUAGGUUUUUUUGUAGUAGAAGACCACAUUUUACAUGUAACCCAAGGAUUGGUAACUAGGACAUACACUGAUGAACUGUGGAACAUGGCCCUUUCCAAGAUCAUCGCUGUUCUUAGAACACAUUCAUCAUAUUGCAGUGAUCCUGACCUUGUUCUGGAACUGAAGAAUCUCAUUGUAGUGUUUGCUGAUACUUUGCAGGGCUAUGGUUUUCCUGUGAACCGACUAUUUGAUCUUUUAUUUGAAAUAAGAGACCAAUACAAUGAAACACUGCUUAAAAAGUGGUCUGGAUUGUUCAGGGAUAUUUUUGAAGCUGACAACUACAGCCCUAUCCCUGUAGCAAAUGAAGAGGAAUACAGAGUUGUUAUAAGCAAAUUUCCUUUUCAGGAUCCAGAGCUUGAUAAGCAAUCCUUUCCAAAGAAGCUUCCAAUGUCUCAGUCAGUGCCUCAAAUUUACAUGCAGGUGAAGGAAUUUAUUUAUGCAAGCCUUAAGUUUUCAGAGUCACUUCACCGCAGUUCAACAGAAAUAGAUGAUAUGCUCAGAAAAUCUACAAAUUUGCUGCUUACAAGAACUCUAAGUAGUUGUUUACAGAACCUAAUUAAAAAACCUCAUAUAGGUUUAACAGAGCUUGUUCAAAUCAUCAUAAACACAACACACUUGGAGCAAGCCUGUAAAUAUCUUGAGGAUUUUAUAUCUAACAUUACAAAUAUUUCACAAUUGACUGUUCACACUGCAAGACUUUAUGGGCUUUCUACAUUUAAGGAUGCAAGGCAUGCUGCAGAAGGAGAAAUAUACACAAAGCUUAACCAAAAAAUAGAUGAAUUUAUUCAGAUUGCUGAUUAUGAUUGGACAAUGUCUGAAUCAGAUGGAAGAGCCAGUGGAUACUUAAUGGACCUAAUUAACUUUUUAAGAAGCACGUUUCAAGUUUUUACUCAUUUACCUCAUAACAACAAUGACCAUGCAGCUAUGUCGGGAAAAGUGGCCCAGACAGCUUGCAUGUCAGCCUGCCAGCAUCUUUCAAUGUCCCUAAUGCAGAUGCUACUGGACAGUGAAUUAAAACAAAUAAGCAUGGGAGCAAUUCAGCAGUUUAAUUUAGAUGUGAUACAGUGUGAAUUGUUUGCUAGUUCUGAGCCUGUGCCAGGAUUCCAGGGAGACACCCUGCAGUUAGCUUUCAUCGACCUCAGACAACUCCUGGACCUCUUCAUGGUGUGGGACUGGUCCACCUACCUGGCUGACUACGGGCAGGCCACCUCCAAGUAUUUGCGGGUCAACCCCAGCACGGCCCUCACGCUCCUGGAGAAAGUUCACAGAGGAAUGAAAGACUCCAGCAAAAAGAACAACAUUUUUGCUCAGUUCAGGAAGAAUGACCGUGACAAGCAGAAGCUAAUAGAGACUGUAGUAAAGCAACUUAGGAGUUUAGUGAAUGGUAUGUCCCAGCACACAUAGGCCUCUUAAAUCGACAGUAUCUCAUCACACCGAGGUGUUUCUUAGCCACUAUUUCUACUAAGCAAAUGGUGAUACCAGUUAGGACUUUUGUUUGACAGAGAAAAAGAAAAAUGCAGUAGAUGGAUUGUACAUGUAGUCUUCAACAAGCAAUUCUUUGUACGUAUUUUUAAUGGAUCGAAUACUAUUUUGUAUAUUGUAAACAAAUGGUGAAAAAUGAGGUUGUACAAUAAAAACCAGCGCAAUUGUAUUGUACAUGGAACAGCUGAACUGUAAAUAUAUUAUUUAAAUAGCUGCAGAUAUGGUAUCCAAAAUUUUGCUCAGAUUAGGAAUUAUUUGAGAAAUGAUCCCUUAGUUGCUGUUUUCUGGUUGAAUCCUAACUUAAUGUUUUUGAGCAUUGAGAUACUUGUGUUUCUGAUGCCGCCUGUUGUUUUCCCGCAUUAAAUGUAUAUUAGCCUUAAAGUGGUUGGACAUAAUUUUGUAUACCAGGUUUUGUAGUCUGGAGGUAUGAAAAAGUCUUCUGAUUUUUAGUACCUUUGAAAACUACCUGAGAAUUAGAUAUCUAUUUAGCAUUAGGACUUAGGCUUUGUUCUCCAAAAGGGUUUAAUCUUGAAGUUGUAAUGUAAAUAACCAUUUGAGUUCUUUAUAAUGUGACAUGUUGUUGUUUCGUUUGGUUUUGUUCCUCAGGGUUACUAUUUCUAACUGUACUUUUGUAAGAUCUCGGGUUCUUUAUCCCAGGUUGCAGUAAGGAAUAGGUUUGCCGCUGUUGGUUUUGUGCCGCAUCUGUUUGUUAGUUUGCGCUUUCUCCUGCCAGCCCCAUCCCAGCGAUUAGCAUUUUGUCCCACUACCAGUCUUUGCACUGUCCCCUCCUGGCUGUUUUAGACACUAAGAGAAUGUCUAACAAAUACAAACCAAAUGGAACGUGUAAAAAUAAUGUACAUUUUCGCUGUAUUUUUAAGUUAUUGACGGUCUAAAUACAGUAAUAUAAACCUCA